AUGGACGAUGUUGAACCUCGUAUCGUGGAGCUCUUUGCUAAGGUGAUCCCUGGGGAGUCUUGGCAAUAUCAACGUCAAUAUUUUCCAAGCAAGAUUGGUGGAUUUCCUGCUUGGUUAGACCCUGAGAACCUUCCAUCUGAGUGUAAUUUGAGUUGUAUUAUCUGCGGUGGUGUUAUGAGUUUCGUACUACAACUGUAUGCCCCUGACGACGACGAACCUUCAGGAAGUGCUUUUCAUAGAUCAUUAUAUCUAUUUGCCUGUCAGCCUUGUGGUACUCAAUGGCGUGUAUUUCGUUGUCAGCUUCCUCGAAAAAAUCGAUACUAUGAUUUUCACCCGGUCCCCCCGGGAACUAUCUUCCCUCAACCGGACCCUUUAGUAUCAAAAUCAUGUUGUCCAGCUUGCUGUAUACCAUCAAGUGGUGACAGUGAGGAGUGUCAAGUGUUAUUAUCUCAUUCUAAGGUGCAGGAUAUAACCGAUAAUGCGGUUUGGCGUGCAUUACACCCGAGAUGUAAAAUCGCAGUAACACAUAAAACUUUGGAAGCUACAUUUCCAGAGUCGCUUUUAGAGAUUUGUGAGGGUGCUAUCCAGGAGCCUGAUGACUACCUGUCUCAUGAGCGUGAAUUGUAUAGAAAGUAUCAAGAGAAGAAGGCUGCUGGUACUGUGAAAGACGACGAUAUCGAUGAAUCUGAAGAGCAGGCUAUAGAGAGUAUCCAGCGUGAUCGUCUUGCUGUGGAUCGUAGUUUUGAGCGUUUUUGUAAACGUACGACUCAUAACGACGUUAUCUACUACUGUCGUGAUGGUCAGCCUAUUUGGACGAGCGAUCUUACUCCCAGGUUACAAUGUGUUAUGCAAGUUAGGUCAUCGUCUACGGUCUCGGGUGUUCCUUUAUGUGAACUUUGCGGUGGUCCUCGUGCAUUUGAAUUUCAGGUCCUACCGCAGCUCCUGGCACAUCUAAAGGGUACUCGGCUUGAUUUUGCUAGUGUGGCGGUGUAUACAUGUGCGGAUUCGUGUCCUCUUAUCGACCGUUAUCAUGAGGAGUUUGUGUAUGUUGAGCAGGACCAUUCUCUAUCACGUAAUUGA